UAGUUAUUCGCAGAUGUGUUGUGAUACCAAAUUAAAACACACUUACAUCGCAACACAUCAAGGGUUUAACAGCGAUAAAGACGUUACAUAACACAACAACAUAACACGUCUACUCCCUAUCUCAACGAUUCUCAAUAAUACUUGUGAACAAUUAAAGAUUUUUCCUCAUUUCCACACAGUACGUUAGGUAUUUUUUUCCUAACCAUGUAAAUGGUUAGGAAAAGAAGAUCUUUGUUAAUAUAAGAUCGCCUUCAAAUAGCAAACCGGAACCCCAGUGGUUUGGUGUUGUUGCUACCCGAGCACUAGACCUUGGUCUUCAUUCAGCAGCAACCAUGGCAGCCCUUCGCACGGUACUUCACAGGCCCUUCGCCCAGACCCUCUCCCUGUGCCUGCGGCCCGCGCGAUUCGCCAGCUCAUUCAAGGCGUCAGACCUGGUCAUCGAGCGCAACACGGCGCCCAGCCCCAAGCCGGACCCGUCCACGCUGGUCUUCGGGAAGCAGUUCUCCGACCACAUGCUGACCAUCGAUUGGUCGGAUAAGGACGGGUGGGAGGCGCCGCAGAUCAAGCCCUUCCAGAACCUGUCGCUCCACCCCGCCAGCUCUGCCCUGCACUACUCCAUCGAGCUCUUCGAGGGUAUGAAGGCGUUCCGUGGUGUGGACGACCGCAUCCGCCUCUUCCGGCCGAUGCACAACAUGGAGCGCAUGCACCGCAGCGCCGAGAGGAGCUGCCUGCCCCUGUUCGACAAGGCGGAGCUGCUGGAGUGCAUCAGGAAGCUGGUGGAAGUGGACCAGGAGUGGGUACCCUACUCCCUGGACGCCAGCCUCUACAUCCGGCCCACGUUCAUCGGGGUGGAGCCCUCCCUGGGCGUGUCCCGGGCCGGUAAGGCCAUGCUCUUCGUCAUCGUGGGGCCCGUGGGGCCCUACUUCGCCACAGGCUCCUUCAACCCCGUGUCCCUGCUGGCCGACCCCUCCUUCGUGAGGGCCUGGAGGGGCGGGGUGGGCGCCUACAAGAUGGGAGGGAACUACGGGCCCACCAUCGCGGUGCAGGACGUGGCGUUAAAGAAGGGCUGCCAGCAGGUGCUGUGGCUGUACGGGGAGCAGGAGGAGAUCACCGAGGUCGGCACCAUGAACCUCUUCAUCUACUGGACCGCGGAGAACGGAGAGAAGGAGCUGAUUACUCCGCCCCUCGACGGGAUCAUCUUGCCGGGGGUCACCAGGCAGUCCCUGCUGGACCUGUCUCGAGCCUGGGGUGAGUUCAAGGUGACCGAGCGCCGCAUGGACAUGAAGGAGCUGCUGGGGGCGCUGGACGCCGGGAGGGUUCUGGAGGUGUUCGGGGCGGGCACCGCCUGCGUGGUCUGCCCGGUCGGCAGUCUGCUGUACAAGGACAAGAUGUACCAGAUCCCUACCAUGCAGAACGGCCCGGACCUGGCCAAGAGGUUCUACAAGGAGCUCACAGACAUGCAGUACGGACGCAAGCAGAGCGACUGGGCCCCCCUGGUGGCGUAACUGUCCCUUUACACACAACGCCUGAAGAUCAAGUAUAGUCCCAUCUCUGAAGACCAGGGUUACUCCACACCAGACACGCCCACUGUAAUGCACUCCUCCUAUUGGUUGCCUCGAGAUGACGGACAGCUGCUUUCUCUCUCUCUUUCUCUGACUCUCUCCCGUCGGUCGGGUGUUUCUCGUUUCUGGUUUCCGUUAGCAAGUCCCAGGAAUUUUUUUGUUUUGCGUAUCUUGUAUUCAGGACAGCAAUAAGGACAUGCAGUGUGAGUUUGGGUCCGUCUGCAGUCAUGGAAUGGAGAGAGGUUAACGAGAGAAGGCAUCUGUCGGAUCACUGCUCUCAUAGAAACCCGGGUUCUAUCUUAAUAUAUGUUAAAGCCGCUUUACAGAGUUCAUCUGAGAAGACAGCUGCAAACUACCAAAUUCUUAUUUUAAUUUGAAUAGUUUUUAUUCUUCUCUUUUAAACCAUUUUUACUUCUCCUGGGUUUCUGUUUAGAGGGCCAGGCUCCUUGCUAACCGCUAGCUGGCUAACCUGACCCUGAGUACCUCUGAGCGAUACGGUCUUCCGGUUCUUUACAAAUGACAGAAACAAAAUUAUAUUGUGAGUAUUUAAACUCUGAAAGCACCUAAAUGUUGCAUAUGGUAUUACUUCGUUUUUUUGGAAAGGAGCGAGACUUAUGUUUUCUACUAGUGAGUUACUUUUGAGUGGAUUUUAAAUAGGAAUAGUUCUCAGUUCAAUGUAUAUUCUUUUACGCUUUCACUUUUUUAAUGUUGUUACAAUACUCGCAAUACUGUAGAAGGUAAAAAAUCAUUGUUAUUUUAGGAAUUCCUAACCAUGUCUGAGGAUAUGCAAUUGAACGGACAUGUCGGUGAUGGGAAUGCAUACAAACCCUGUGAACCAACCGAAAAACCCUGUGAACCCUUCUUCACCACUAGGGGGCCUCGUCGUUCUGAUUCAAUAGCUGGUAGCCAUUUAUUUUCCUUUUUAAGCUUCGUGGACCUGUUGGGUGUAAAUAGAACCGUUUUAGAGUUUUUAAAGGAAUGGUGAGAUGAGGCGUGAGUUGGGCGUCUUGUCCGUUGAUGAUUGUUGAGACGCUAUUGAGGACCGGGAAAUCCAAGCACGCACAACGCAAGACGGCGAGAAAGUUACUAGGUAAUUUCCUGUUUGUAGAUGUAGCGCCCUAGCACAAAAUAGGCUAUUUCUAACGUACUAAAAAUGCCACUUUAGAUGUAAGCUCUCAAUGGCCGCCUGCACUAGAUGGUGUGUUAGCAUAAGGACAUUGUUUUUUUCUUUCGGAGCGGUUCUAAAUGAUACUGAUCGUUGCUGAGGUUGUCGCCGAGCUGUCCGUUUUCUCUUUCAAUGUUGGCCGUUAUUUUCCGCGUCGCGUCGCUCCGUCGGCCGUCAUUUUCCGCGUCACGUCACUCCGUCGGCCGUUAUUUUCCGCGCGCGAUGCUUCCUUGGCGGGCUUUUCUUUUGAAUGUACUCUAACACCACGUCACUCCACCUAGCCGUUCUCCCCUGAGUCUAAGUGCCUGUAGUUCCUUCGCCUCGUGUUUUACACUCAGGGUCUGCACUAGUGGGGCUAUGCUGGGUACGUUGUGUUGUGUUUAGUGAUCUGUUUUUGUUUUUAGUUUGGUUCUUAUACGUUUUGCUUGGCUUUUAAGUGACUUUUUUUUUCACCCCUCGGUUGUCUUUUACCGUUUGUUGGUUUGUGUAUUCCAAUAAACCUGACUUGUAGGCCUACUCUGGAUGCUGUUGUAGUUUUCUUU